UCCGCGCCGCGCACGCCGGGACUGGCCCUGCCCUGCGCCGCCGCUCUCCGGGCCGCGGUCCCGCAGGCAAGAUGCAGGACCCAGAGAAAGACACCGAGUGGAAUGACAUCCUGCGCAAGAAAGGUAUCCUUCCUCCAAAGGAAAACAGAGAAGAGCAGGAGCGUGCAAAGGAAGAGGAGCAGCUUGAAAUCCUUCAGAAAUCUCUUGUGAAAACGUAUGAGGACAUGACUCUGGAGGAGCUAGAAGAAAACGAGGAUGAAUUUAAUGAAGAAGAUGAGAAAGCUAUUGAAAUGUACAGACAGCAAAGAUUAGCAGAAAUGAAAGCAGCUCAAAUGAAGAAUAAAUUUGGAGAAGUUCUGGAGAUUUCAGGAAAGGAUUAUGUUCAAGAGGUUACGAAAGCUGGGAAAGGUAUAUGGGUAGUCCUGCACCUCUACAAACAGGGAAUUCCACUCUGUGCCUUAAUAAACCAACAUUUAAGUGGACUUGCGAAGAAGUACAGAGAUGUGAAAUUCAUCAAAGCUAUCUCUACCACCUGCAUACCCAACUAUCCUGAUAAGAAUCUGCCUACGAUAUUUGUCUACCUUGAAGGAGACAUCAGAGCUCAGUUCAUUGGGCCUUUGGUGUUUGGUGGCAUGAACUUGACGAGGGAUGAACUGGAGUGGAAGAUCUCAGAGUCAGGUGCCAUCAAGACAGACCUUGAGGAGAACCCCAGGAAACAGAUCCAGGACCAGCUCAUGUCCUCCAUUAGGGCAUGUGUCCAAACCAGGGGAGAGAGUGACUCAGAGGAUGACUAACUCCUGCAUCAGCAUCAGGAUUGAUACAGUACACUUGCAGCCAGUGUUCCUGCCUAAAAGACUGGAGGUGCUCAUCAAGAUCUUCCUGAACCCCAAAAGUGGAACAUUUCAAGACAGCCAUUUAUCUAGAAAUUUAAAGUCGGUGUUUUUUUGAUUUUGGUGAUGUGGGUAUUUUUCCUGAAAAAAAAUUAAUGCAGCUUUGAGAUCAUGAGAUUGAGAGCAUUGAGAUCAUGAAAGACUUUUUAUAUUACAAAGCCUGAGUAAAUCUUACUCCAAGUUUUAAAAUAUAGGUAUUGGUAGAUACAAAA